AUGUUGGCCAGAGCAGCUCUUCGUGCGUUGCAAACCCCCGGGUUAAGGACGACGGCAGCAACAUACCGGAUAGCCUCAUCAACAGUAUGGACUCGGUCGAUGGCACGCAAUAAUCGACCGCCCAAUCACGGACCAAAGAAGCCAGCAGACUCUUCGAAUACUCCCAUAGGAAAGCCAGCGGGCCCUGCUGCAACUUCGAGUCAACAACCUCCCAAGAGUGUGGACAGACGACCUGAUUUUGCAAGAAAGCCCGAGGUUGGCAAAGGCGCUGCAGGAGCUGCAGGAGCUGGCGCAGGAGCCUUCAAGCCUGCUUCAAGUAAAGGUGAAGAGAAGGAAUUCUCUGAGAAGCAAGCGGAAUUCGAGACUGGAGCUUCCUCGUCAGGAAACACAGCUCCUCAAGCAUCCUCCGAGUUCGCUAUUGACCCGGCAGAAAGGCAAGCCCCAAGCCAGCCUUUACCAGAUCUUACGAGAGGAAUACCAUCGACCUUGGAAUACGAAACUACAGGCAGCACUUCAAAGUCGCCACUAAAGUUGAACCUUACAGAAGCGGAGGAACCAGAAGCUCCAGGGGGAGGUGGACGAGGGCGUGGAGAGCUCCCAGCCUCAGCAUAUGUCUCUUCAUCAGAGAAGAAGCGGUUAAGAUUCGCAAACUACAUGUACGCCAUGUUUGCCAUCUUGUCAGCAACCGGAACAGUUUUCCUCGGACGAAAUUGGGAGACGGAAGAGGAGGAAAAAGCACACCCAGACGCGCCGUCAGGGUGGGGCGUAGGAUUGAUGUGGGCUCGGGCAAAGGCUCGGUUGGGAGAUCAAUUGAACUACUAUAACGAACCAGCUUUCCGAAAGCUUCUACCAGAUCCAGACCCAAUUUUUGAGCGCCCAUAUACCUUGGUACUGAGUAUGGAGGAUCUUCUCAUUCACAGCGAAUGGACAAGAGAACACGGAUGGAGAAUGGCGAAACGACCUGGAGUUGAUUACUUCUUGCGAUACCUGAGCCAAUAUUAUGAGUUGGUCAUUUUCACAAGUCAACCUUGGGCUGUAGCAGAACCUAUUAUUCGAAAGUUAGAUCCAUACCAUAUCGUUACUUGGCCUCUUUUCCGCGAAGCCACACGCUAUGAGAAUGGAGAAUACAUCAAGGAUCUCGAAUAUCUUAACCGCGACCUCUCGAAAGUAAUCAUCCUGGACACCAAAUCCUCUCACGUCCAAAAACAACCCGAGAACGCCAUCGUGCUCAAGCCAUGGGAGGGCAAUGUUCAAGACAAAGAACUCGUUUCCCUGAUCCCCUUCUUAGAAUACAUCCACACAAUGGCCUACUCUGACGUACGGAAAGCCAUUUCGUCUUUUGACGGACAGCACAUCCCCACCGAAUUUGCCCGCCGCGAAGCCAUUGCCCGCAAGAAGUUCCUGGCGCAAGUAGAGGAAGAAAGGAAGAAGCGCCCUAAGCAUUCAGGUGUGGGAUUCCUGGGUAACGCGCUAGGCAUCAAGCACCAGAGCAUGAUGAUGGAUCCCGCGGACCAGACACCAGCCGAGGCAUUCGCACAGGGCAAGAUGCUGCAAGAUCAAGCUCGAGAGAGAGGACAGCGAAACUACGAGGCAUUAGAGAAAGAGAUCCGAGAGAACGGGGAGAAAUGGUUGAAGGAAGAAGCGGCCCUCGAGGAGAGAGCUAAGGAGGAAGCGACCAAGGCCAUGAAAUCGGGCUUCUCGGGAUGGUUUGGCGGUUCGAAAUAG